ACUGGAAUCGGGCGGAAGGAUGAAGCUUCGAGCUUGGCUCCGCAUCAGCGUUCAGCUUUCUCUACUCUGGAGUACCCUAGACCGAUUCAUUGUGAGCAAAGUCCAGGGUGUGCGGCUCAUCCCCAAGCCACUGGCCCUCGACGACGACUGCCCCCUCUUCCCCCGGGUCAAGGAGUAUGUGGAGCUAUCGAACAUAACAUUCGGCAAAUUUGCAAAUGGCGAAUAUCACGCAUCCGGGAAAGCGAACUUCUUUAAGAGGUCGCAUCGGUGGAGUGACAUGUUAAUUAACAUCACAACCUGCCCCAUGACAGCGACUUCAGUAAAAAACGCAGGGUGCACUGUUUUCGGCAACUGGAAAUUUGAAAAAAAAGUUUGUGAUCUGCUCAAGGCGCGGAACACAUUGUGGACCAAGGUUUAUGAUUCGGUUUCACCGACGCCGACUAACUGCAGACCUUUGGGCCCAUACACCUUCAAUAAGGCUGGGAUGGAUUCUCGACUACUCGAAGCGCUGCAGCCUCCGAAGGGGAAAUUAUGGAUCGUCGACUUCUUGAUACGCGACUCCCACGAAGUCCCUGUGUGUUGCUUCAAGCUCAAGGGCGUGCUAAAUUACGAGUAGCCCGUAGCCUGUGCGCCCAUUAAAAGAGGAACAAGAGAUUCUUCUAAUCUCCUCCCCUUUCCCGCCCUUUCGAUUUAUUUCAACUGUCUUAAUAUAAUUGUAGAAAAGGUAAAAGAAUAAAAUACACAUGUGCAC